GUUUGACAGCUUGACGUACAACAAUAACACCGUGAAGGGAAGGAAGCGAAACCAUUUUUCUCUCGUUUCUGUCACUCAGGGGAGAAAAGUAAACUUCAUCUGGCCGAACGAGGGCUACGUAUCCGCGGAGUGUUGUAAUCCGCUCGUUCGUCUGUCGUUCGUUCGUUUUCCCCCCGUCGAUCGAUUGUCCAGCCUGUUCGAGUCGCGGACGUACGCGGCACAAGGAUGGCAUUCUCGGUGCUAAACACGGUGGCUAGGCGGGCCAACUUGGGCGUUUAUGUAACCAGCGGUCUGCUCAAGAGCGCGGCCGCUUUACAUAAUGUACAGCCGGUGCGUGGCGCGGGCAAAUGGUUCCCGGACGAGGAAUUUAUCGACCAGUUCAAGGGUCCGGUCAUGUACCCGGACGAGGUAACAUCCCGCUGGAAGCUGCCACCGUGGAAUAGCAAGAUCGCCCCGGUGGAGAAGACAGUGCGGAACAUGAGCCUAAACUUUGGGCCCCAGCACCCGGCAGCGCACGGUGUCCUGCGGCUCGUUCUUGAACUCGACGGCGAAACGGUGAUGCGGGCGGAUCCGCACAUCGGGCUCCUGCACCGGGGAACCGAGAAGCUGAUUGAGUAUAAAACCUUCACCCAGGCACUGCCGUACUUCGAUCGGCUCGACUACGUUUCCAUGAUGUGCAACGAGCAGUGCUACUCUCUUGCCGUCGAAAAGCUGCUCAACAUCGAUGUUCCGCUGCGCGCCAAGUACAUCCGGGUGCUUUUUGGUGAGAUUACCCGCAUCCUCAACCACAUCAUGGCAGUCGGGACGCACGCGUUGGACGUCGGCGCGCUAACACCGUUCUUCUGGCUGUUCGAGGAGCGCGAAAAAAUGAUGGAGUUUUACGAACGCGUUUCGGGUGCGCGUAUGCACGCAGCCUACAUCCGACCGGGCGGUGUGUCCCAGGACCUGCCGCUCGGGCUACUUGACGAUAUAUACGAGUUUGCGUCCAAGUUUGGUGAGCGGCUGGACGAAGUAGAGGACGUGCUGACCACGAACCGCAUCUGGGUACAGCGUACCGUUGACAUUGGCAUCGUGUCAGCUGAGGAUGCACUCAACUAUGGCUUCAGCGGUGUCAUGCUGCGCGGUUCCGGCAUCAAGUGGGAUCUGCGCAAGUCACAACCGUACGAUGCGUACGAUCGGGUAGAGUUCGACGUGCCGAUCGGCACCAAGGGCGACUGUUACGAUCGCUACCUGUGCCGUGUGGAGGAAAUGCGUCAAUCGCUCCGUAUCAUCGACCAGUGUCUCAAUCAAAUGCCCGCCGGCGAGAUUAAGACGGACGACGCAAAGCUAACACCGCCUUCGCGUGGCGAAAUGAAGCACUCGAUGGAGGCGCUCAUCCACCACUUUAAGCUGUUCACGCAAGGCUACCAGGUGCCACCGGGGGCAACGUACACCGCGGUCGAAGCACCGAAGGGCGAGUUUGGUAUCUACCUAGUGGCGGACGGUUCCAGCAAGCCAUACCGUUGCAAGAUCAAGGCGCCCGGCUUCGCACAUCUUGCAGCCCUCGACAAGAUCGGUCGUCACCAUAUGCUGGCUGACGUGGUAGCCAUCAUCGGUACGCUGGAUGUCGUGUUCGGAGAAAUCGAUCGCUAAGUCGGAACACGGAAGCCGGAACGCAAGAGCGUAAUUUUAGUUUUGCUGUAGCGUGCGCUCCGAUACAACACACCUUCACGUCGCUGUGGUUCGGCGGUCGAGAACGCUCUAUCGGUUCUCGUUCCUCGUUGAAUCAACAAUCAAGAUCAGCUUUCAGCAUUUUAACAAUAAAUGAAAUACGGAAGGUUGGCGAGUGAAGAGUAUACAGCAAUCAAACAAAUGAUAAAAAGCAAAUAUCGGUACUGUGCGAAAAAGCAAAUGAAUUCGAAGCAAAAGAAACGAGUGUUAACUAUUAAUAAAUAAAACAAGAAUAAAAAAAUAUGGUUGGUUUUGCGUUCCAAAAGCCAUUUCUUUCGCAUGGCUUAAGCAACCUGUCUUUAGUAGGCGGGUUUUUAAUAACAUCUGCAACAUAUACUGCGUGUUCCUUUCGUGAUAGUACUAAAUAUCCGCCGUUUAA